AUGCCUCCGUCCACUGCAGCGGGUGGCACUCUAGCAACAUCGAUCCACGACGCUCUGGCCGCCAAACACAUUGCCCCGACGCAGCAAUGGCUUCAAAAUUUGAUGCCGAGCGUCAAUGCAAAUGUGCCGCUGGCAGCGACGCAAAAGACAGCUCUCUUCCGCCUGCUCAACACCGACUUUACCACAACCUUGCAAUCUUCGGCGCAAAACUGCUUCCCAGCCGGCAUCACCAAUCCCGCCUCUCAAGAGCAGAAGAUUCGCGGGCCAAUUCCCGUGCAAGUUCUCGACAUUCAAGAUGUCGGACGCAGCAGCUGGAGCCAAGUGGAAGCCAUCGAAAUGGAAGAGCGAGGCGAGCUGCGGAAAGGCAGUGAAAUCAUUCGCGUCACCGAAGAUGAUGAAGACAACACUGAUCCCAACGCGUCUGCUGCUCGAGCGGCGGCUGGUCCACACAAGCUGCUCCUGCAAGAUGCCAAAGGCAAUAAAGUCUACGGCUUCGAGCUGGAAGCUAUUGAUGGAGUUGGCCCUGCCAUGUCCAUCGGUGCCAAGCUCAUUCUGCGCGAUGUCGUGGUUGCUCGAGGUGUCAUCCUCCUCAUGUCGCAAUGUGUGGAUGUCCUUGGCGGGAAAGUCGAAGUGUGGGACAAGAAAUGGAAAGAAGAGAGGAAGAAAGUGCUCAAAGAGCGAGCUGGUUGGGUUGAAGGUGCUACAUGA